GUGACAUCACCACGUUAUGAGGUCAAAGAGCAGGAAGUGCUAUAUAACUCCUGUCUCUGAGGGGGACAGGGCCACUCGGAGGGAGAGGGAGAGCUGACAACAAUAUCAACAACAACAUCGACAACAACAAACAUCAGGAAUGGGCCACUCUCUGUUUCUCCUGUUCUUCUCAGGGCUGUCCGUCCUCCCCUCAUGCCUCUCUCAUCAGUUCCACUUUGUGAAAAUCAAUAAAACCUGGACUGAAGCUCAGAGUUACUGCAGACAGAACCACACUGACCUGGCCUCCAUAGACGACAUGGCAGAUAUGAACAGGCUCCAAAACACAGUACAGGCUAAGUUAUUAACUGUACCAGCCUGGAUAGGGUUGUCUAACACCAGCUGGAGGUGGUCUCUGGAAGACACAGAAUUAGGGACGGUGGGGUUUUGGGACGCAAAACAACCAGAUAAUGGAAAAAACAAUGAGUCCUGUGUGUGGAUGCGAAAUGGGCUUUGGCAUGAUGCGAACUGUGGUGAACCACAUCAUUUUGUCUGCUAUGACACAAAUCUCACUAAGAAGUACAUCCUCAUCACUGAAGAGAAGACUUGGAGUGAGGCUCAGCGCUACUGUCAGAAGAACCAUAAGGACCUGGCCAGUGUGAGGGAUGUAACAGAGAAUAACACCAUACAUCAGGCCAUACUGGCAAGUAUGGCCAAUCAGGCCAUGAAGGAAGAGGUGGUGUGGAUCGGCCUGUAUAGAGACUGGAGCUGGUCUGACCAGAGUGGCUCAACCUUCAGAAACUGGAUGGCAGACGAGCCAAACGGGGCAGAUAAGAGAGGAGAGCACUGUGUGCAAGUUAAGUUCCCAUCUGGAAAGUGGAAUGAUCACCUCUGUGUCACCGAAAAUCAUUUUAUCUGCUAUGAUGAUAAACUGGUUCUGGUCUCAGAGAACAAGACGUGGUCAGAAGCCCUGAGGUACUGCAGAGACCGGCACAUGGAGCUGGUGUCUGUCCACAACCACAGCAUCCAGCACUGGGUCCGACAGAAAGCCAAGAUGGCCUCCAGUCCCUUCGUCUGGCUGGGCCUGAGGUACACCUGCACUCUGGACUUCUGGUUCUGGGUCAAUGGAGAAGAGUCCUGCUACCACAACUGGGCCCACGGGGAGGGCUACAACACCAGCAAGGAGCAGUCUGGGAACACGGGGGCCAUAGAGAGAGAUGGGGGGAAGUGGGUCGGCCUGCCUGAGACUGACAAAUUGAACUUCAUCUGCAGCAAGAGUGAUGGACCUGAAUCCUACAGCCCAACACAUUGUUCCAGACCCUGAUAUCUGGACCAGCUGAACCCUACAGCCCAACACAUUGUUCCAGACCCUGAUAUCUGGACCAGCUGAACCCUACAGCCCAACACAUUGUUCCAGACCCUGAUAUCUGGACCAGCUGAACCCUACAGCCCAACACAUUGUUCCAGACCCUGAUAUCUGGACCAGCUGAACCCUACAGCCCAACACAUUGUUCCAGACCCUGAUAUCUGGACCAGCUGAACCCUACAGCCCAACACAUUGUUCCAGACCCUGAUAUCUGGACCAGCUGAACCCUACAGCCCAACACAUUGUUCCAGACCCUGAUAUCUGGACCAGCUGAAUCCUACAUCCUAGCUGCAAUAUGGACUAAAAUCAUGGACUAAAUAAUUAUCCAAGCUGCAACAUGGACAAAAAUCAUGGACUAAAUAAUUAUCCUAGCUGCAACAUGGACUAAAAUCAUGGACUAAAUAAUUAUCCUAGCUGCAACAUGGACUAAAAUCAUGGACUAAAUAAUGAUCCUAGCUGCAACAUGGACUAAAAUCAUGGACUAAAUAAAGGUGGUAGAACUUUG